AUGGUUGUUUUGCGGAGUGUUUAUGAUAUUAUAUAGUACAUAUAGCGGUUCGGAAAAUUUUAAAUUAAAAGAAUUCGUAUUAACAAAAUAAAAAAUAUAAUUCAAAAAUAAAACCGUUUUAGAAAAAUUUAACGGCGCAAUAAGUUAUUGAAAGAAAAAAACAAAUUUUUAAUAAACAAGAUUUUAAAAUUGUGUUCAAGUUUUUUAGUCAAUUCAAAUUAUUAUUAUAUUUCUUGGUGUAUAAAUUAAAAACUACAAGUGAGAUUCAAGCAACCACACAAUGGCAGAGCAUACAAUCCGACAGAGGAGGGCAACAUCGGAAGUAUUGUAUUCGUUCUAUGGUAUGUUACUACAAAUGAAUAAAUAUUUUAACAAGUUUCGAGUUGUUGUUGCAAUUACAAUCGCCCUCGCUUUGGUGGUAACUGUCAACGCUGAGGAGUGCGGCCAAGAGGAAUUCACCAAAUGUGCGGAACCGCUGGAAAUGUUGCAUUUAACAUCAGAAUUUUCAAUUGGCGCUGCCAAGAAAGAAGAACUGGAUAAACUUUGUCAUGAAUUACGAAAAGGUGUUCGAUGCAUACAAAGCUACACGAGACGUUGCAUGGAUUUACAGCAGCGAAAUCAGUUCAACAAGUUGUAUCAUGGCACUAACCAAUUUAUAAGGGAUUUGUGCAAUAAGGGAGAAUUUCAAGAUGAAUACCUGAAGCACGCUCCUUGCUCCGAGAUGGCUAAAAGAGAAUUUGAAGUCUGCGCCAACCGUUAUAAGGAAACAAUGGUAUUUUUAAAGCCGAACAAGAAUCAGGAAAGCCAGGAGAACAUCACCAUCAAUGAAAACAUUAAAACGAUAUGUUGCUCCAUUAAUGAACUUGUCGAUUGUUCGGAAAAUGCUGCACGAAAAAUAUGUGGUGCCGAUGCGGCAAAAUUUACACGCGAGUUAGUCGAUAAAUACGCCAAUAGCUUAACAAAGAUUUACUGCGAAGAUUUUACACGACAUCCGGAAAUUUGUCGCAAUGGUGAGGGCGAUGCCGGCAUUGCCUUACAUAGUACUUGGCAACUUAUUCUGGCUCUAGCAGUGGCACUAUUCGCUCUGGUGGACUAUCAACAAACCACACUAACAAGAUAGACGACACAUUAGUUGUCAGUAAUGUUGCAACAUACAAACAUGCAGAACGUUGUUCAAAGUGCGAUGAGGUUAAAGUUAUUGCAUUGGUUGAAAUGUCUUAAUGAUAUAUAUUUGUUUUUUUUGAAAAUGCUGUGUGGCAACGGAAAUGGUAAUACGAUUGUUUUUUCAUUGAUGGCUGGUUUGACGGUUUUUGAUCUACCAAUAAAGCAACAAUUUUAUUGACUUGAAAUUUUCUCCCUCAUACACAAUUCUUCCUCGUUCCCGUCAAUUCGAAUGCAAUUCCAAAAAUCCUUAAACACUUGAGACGAAGUAGAGCACCAACCAACCAACCACCCAACAACACCCACAGGACAAAUUAUUGUGCCAGCAAAAACAUGCAUACGUAUAUUACAUACUACGUAUAAUAGUAUGUUUUGCUAAACAUAUGAGCAAUUAUUAAUUUAAUUAUAUCACAUUUUUUUAAUUAAUUAUUUUUUUUAUAGAAUUAAUUACAAACCUACGUACAUACAUACAUAAAUUAAUAAAUAAAUCUAAAAUUGUAUGAAUGUAUGCAAUUUUAGCAUCGCACUUAUUGUGAAUUACACCAAGAAAACACCAUUGCAUUAAAAACUUAAAGAUUUAAACACACAAAUAGAAAAAAAAUACGAGUGUAAUAUGAAAUACUUAAGUACGUUUAAUGAUAUUUACAUAUAUACUUUAAAUAAUUUAAGAAUUAAUUAUAAAAUUAUUAUUUUAUUUAUAUAUUUCUUGUUAACUGUUUAUUAUUUUUAGCCACUUACUUAAUAUUUACUGCAACAAAACAUUAAAUGUAAUAUAUACUAUACAUAUGUAUACUUUUGACUUUGA